AUGCAAAGGGGUUUGGAUUCACAAACAAAAAAACAGCUGGAAGAGGAAGAAAAGAAGAUAAUUAGUGAAGAACACUGGUAUCUUGAUUUACCAGAUCUAAAGGAGAAAGAGAGCUUUAUAAUAGAAGAGAGGAGCUUUAUGCCAUGUGAGGACCUACUUUAUGGGAGGAUGUCCUUCAAAGGAUUCAAUCCGGAAAUUGAGAAGUUAAUGAUCCAAAUGAACUCUAGGAGCAAGGAAGAAGAAAUUGAAGUGGAUGAUAAAAUGGAAGCUGAUGUGUCAGAUGAAGAAAUGGCCAGAAGAUACGAAACAUUAGUGGGAACAAUAGGGAAGAAAUUCUUGAGAAAAAGAGACCAACGUGUACUCCAGGAUGAAGAUGAAGAUGGGAAUAGUAACACAAGACCUAGCAAAAAACCCAAGAAAAAGUUCUUAAAACCUCAGGAUUAACUGCAAAGGUCAACUGCACAACUGGAGCUAGUAGAAAUGUUAUCUACCAAAUGUAGUACCACGAACUGGAGAUUGUUUGGAGUUUUUGCUAUUUGAUGUAAAGGAUUGAUUUGCAAAUCUGAGUCUGUUCUCAUUGACAUUUCUACCAUCCACAUGACAAACAUUUUUCAAAGUGGAUGUGUUUAUAAUGGAUGUCAUACAUCCUUUCCUCUCUCAGUGGCUUUUAAUGUGUGGGGCACUAAUCCCAUCAGC